AUGCGUUCCAAAUAUGCCUGGGUGUGGAAAGAUGGAACCUGUGAUGCUGCCUCUGGAUUCUAUAAAAAAACUGUAUUGCAGGAACAGCGAGAGCAGUCCACCGUUUGCUACAGCGAUCUAGCCUGCUAUGCUGAACGGAGCAUGACAAAUUCCGAAGCACGACUAGAAAAUGCCUCUCAUGGGGCUCUGCAUGAGAAACAUCAUCAGCAUGCAGGAAUAUCCUUUGUAAAAACCGCGGUUCUGGGACUCGUAUGUUUUGCAAAAGUCUCGUACUCGUAUAAAUGCAUUACAAAUUUCCUCAGCAUGAGAAAUAAAAUUUGUAAUGCUGAUUUUCCUUGACGCAGGGAUUUGUAAUGCAUGACUGCAAUACGAUCGGACUUCGUGGCGAAGCACCGGAUGGAGCUGAUUGCAACGGCUUUUGUCAACCAGGACCUUGUAUCCUGUGCAAAAGCAUCGUACUAGUAUGAAUUCCAUUACAAAUUGGGUUUGCAUUACAAAUUGAAUUUGUAAUGCGGAUCUGCCUUACGAUGAAAAUUUGUAAUGCAUGACGAGUACGAUACUUUUGCAUUGUAUACAACUAUACAUUGAAGUUUCGGAUCUCCUGGUCAGCGGACGCGAAGCCACGGCGCAUCUGGCCUACAAACUGCAGUGGUUCAACGAGUUCCUAUAUCCUGUGCAAAAGUAUCGUAUUCGUAUUGCAAGCAUGAAUUACAAAUCUUUUUCUUGAGGUAGAUCAGCAUUACAAAUUUUAUUUCUCAUGCUGAGGAAAUUUGUAUAUGCAUUUAUACGAGUACGAUACUUUUGCACUGCAUAUCCUAGCAGCGGAAGAGAACUUAGUUCCUCCAAGUCUGCGACUCGAAUUAACGAAAGCGUUGUACAAUUUCUAGAGUGCAUCCAGGUGAUGUUUCGAUUUCGAAUUCCAACGUGUGCAUGUGCGUGGUGUUGGUGAAAAAACUAGAAAGAGAAACUACUGGAAGUGUAAGACGCAAGCACGUGCGCAAGUCACAGUGGCGGUCCAAGCUCGACUUCAACGGGAAGUAGAAGGGUGUGUCGGAGCACAAUGAAGAUAAGUUCUGCAUUUCUCGCGCUUCUUGGCAGCACUUUCAUCUCGUGAUUGCAAGUACUAGCACCAGCAGGAAUCUUCCACUGCUCUCCCUGUUCGCAGCCAGUUGUAGAUCUAAUAAUUCUAGUUCAAAGUAGCAGAUCGCCUAUAUGAUAAAUGAGCUGUUCGUAGUUUUUUUCGUUCUUAAUGUCCGAUCAUUAUUCAAGUGCAC